GCUGAGCUGACGUCACGUCCGCCCGCGGUCCUGGUGGCGGCGGCUUCUGUUUUCUGUGCGGGCCGCGCCGGGCGCUGGCGUCCCGCCGCCUCCCUCUGCCUCGCGGGCCCACCCCUGGCGCGCUCUCUCGCUGCGCCUGGGCGGUCCCCCAGGUCGCCCACUUGCCCCGCGGCGGGUCAGCGCUCCUGGCCUGGUUUCAGCGGCCUUUCCCGGACCUCUUAGUCUCAACACGGGUUUCCACUACUAGAGAAUGAAACAUGACUGAGGACUCGCAGAGAAACUUUCGUUCAGUAUAUUAUGAGAAAGUGGGUUUUCGUGGAGUUGAAGAAAAGAAAUCAUUAGAAAUUCUCCUAAAAGAUGACCGUCUGGAUAUUGAGAAGCUUUGUACUUUUAGUCAGAGGUUCCCUCUCCCGUCUAUGUACCGUGCAUUGGUAUGGAAGGUGCUUCUAGGGAUCCUGCCUCCCCACCAUGAGUCCCAUGCCCGAGUGAUGCUGUAUCGCAAGGAGCAGUACUCUGAUGUCCUCCAUGCCCUGAAAGUCAUUCGUUUUGUCAGUGAUGCCACACCUCAGGUUGAAGUGUAUCUCCGCAUGAGUCAGCUGGAGUCUGGAAGGCUGCCUCGGAGCCCCUCCUUCCCACUGGAGCCUGAAGAUGAAGUCUUUCUUGCCAUUGCUAAGGCCAUGGAAGAGAUGGUGGAAGAUAGUGUCGACUGUUACUGGAUCAUCCGAUGCUUUGUUAACCAGUUAAACAAGUACCGAGAUUCUUUACCCCAGCUGCCAAAGGCUUUUGAACAAUACUUGAAUCUGGAAGAUAGCAGGCUGCUGAGUCAUCUGAAGACGUGUUCUGCAGUGUCCAAACUUCCUUAUGAUCUCUGGUUCAAGAGGUGCUUCGCAGGGUGCUUGCCCGAAUCCAGUUUACAGAGGGUUUGGGAUAAAGUUGUAAGUGGAUCCUGUAAAAUCCUAGUUUUUGUAGCUGUGGAAAUUUUAUUAACCUUUAAAAUAAAGGUAAUGGCACUGAACAGUGCAGAGAAGAUAACAAAGUUUCUGGAAAAUAUUCCCCAGGACAGCUCGGAUGCAAUUGUGAGCAAGGCCAUCGAUUUAUGGCACAAACACUGUGGGACCCCGGUACAUUCAGCCUGAACCUUCCUAACAAUGUGGAGUCUGCUGGGCCCGCCCUGAGCAUUUUGUUCUUGGGACAUGAUCUACUAAACUGAUUGAAAGCAGGGUUCUUGCUUUGGUGCUCAAAGUGUAAUUUCUUUUCCAGUAAAAUUAUUUAAUUAAGAUAUCUGGUAUUGCUGUAUUGUGGAGCAGCAUCUUUCAGUUACACAGAAGUAUAAAGUUCCACUCUGAAUACAGUUUAAAAGUGUUGUUGGAGUUUUUAAAGCAGUUCAGGGUGGGUGGGUGCUUUAAUAAGCAGUGCAUAACCAAGCCUGCCCUGCUUCUCUCUGAUUAGCACUAAGCAAGUGACUUUCUAAGGUCUCUUUCUGGAAUAAAGAAUAACUUCCUUUUGUUGACAACUCAGAUUUGGCUUUGUUGAUGCAGUACUUGUUUAAAUCUAAGCUGACUGCUUCUGAGGCUUCAUCUUGCUAAAUAAGUUUAAAUAAAGGCCUUACAUUUUUUUCUUUGUGCCAGUUGGAAUGAAACAGA